GGAGAGAAGUUGAAAUGGGAGGCAGGUAACAAAAGAGUCUAGGAGAUAUUGUGCUCACGGUGAUUAAAAAGUGUACAGUGGAAGCUACAAUAUUCUUCUGUCAGGACAAAUCAGGAAAGAUUGGAAGAACUGGAUUUAUGCAGCUUGGAUGAUAGAAGGGAAAGUGUGGGACACGAUUGAAACCUUUAAAUAUAUUAAAGAUGUGAAUAAGGUUCUAGACAGCAAUAUUUUCCAUAUUAAGCAAAAAUCAAGAACAUGGAGGCAUAACCUCAAACUGACAGGAGGGAUGCACAAAAGUAGUGUUAGAAAGUAUUCACAGAAAGAGUAGUGGAAGCUUGGAACCAACUUCCAGCGGAGCUAGUGGGUUAGUCAUCAGUAACUGAGUUUAAACAGCUUGGGAUAAACUCAAGUCUGACAAAACUUAAUAAAUAAAAAAAUAAUAACUUGGGAAGGGUAGGUGGUUAAAAAUGCCAAAACCAGUCUGAACAUCUGGCUGACCUUGCGAUGAACCAUAAUAAUGAAAAAUAAAAUAAAAAGAUCGAUAAUUAAAAAAUAAUAAAUUAAAAAGAAAAAAACCUCAAGGGGCAGAUUCUGUGUUCCUAUGUAACUCUUACAGUUGCUCACUUGAUUUCUCCUCUAAGAAAAUGGGUAACAAUGUUUAACUAGUGUUUUAGGCUAUUAUUUGAUGAUGUUGAAAUAAGGGAGCAAUACUCUGUUUAGAUCAGUUCAGCCAGGGACAACUAAAAAUGGCUUUGUUCAUGAGUUGGCUUGAUAUAAGGGCAAUGUCAGGUGACCAAAGAGGAAAUGGAUGUUGUGGAGAAAUGCAAGUGGGGGAGUGCCUUUAAGUGACAUGCUUAAGGGAGUUAUGAGGACCUCAGCCAAUGAGCUGAUAGAGCAGAGAGACAGUGAUUGUCUCACAUAACAGUGGACAUUUUGUACCUAAGCCUCCCCUCACCCCUGCAGAAUACUUCAAACUUUGCUGAGAUCCAGAGGCAGAAAGUCCAGAAGGGGUUUCUAAUCGGAGUUAAAAUUAAUGUCUUUUCUCUAAUCAAAGCUGUCAGAUUCACCAUCUCAGCCGGCUCCAACAACUUUCGCCCUCCAUUCUUCCAUUGCUUCUGAUUGGAAUCCCGAUGGUUCCUUUGUAUCGGUACCUGGGAUUGGCUCUUCCCCAGUUAAGCAGAGCAACAAAUCAACGAAAUUUCAGCCUCAGCAAUGUGUGCAGUUAUAUCCAGAAGCUGACUCGUGUGCGAGUGAUUGAUAACAGCGCCUUGGGAAACACACCAUAUCACCGGCCUCCAAAAUGUAUCCACGUCUACACCAAAAACGGAGUGGGCAAAGUGGGUGACCAAAUUCUUCUGGCUAUCAAAGGGGAAAAGAAAAAAGCAUUAAUUGUCGGAUGCAAGUUUCCCGGACCUCGCAUGUCUCCUCGGUUUGAUUCUAACAACGUGGUUCUCAUUGAAGAUAAUGGGAACCCCAUCGGGACACGGAUCAAAACGCCCAUACCUUCUCUGUUGAGAAAAAAAAGAGAAUUCUCCAAAGUGUUGGCCAUUGCCACCGACUUUAUAUGAUCACCAGGGGAGACACUGUGUGACAAACAAAGGGAUGUUGUGGGACUGUCCCUUGAGUUGCAUUUCUCUUUUCUUUCCCAGAAUCGAGGAAGAAGUGUUUGAAAAAAAGAAGGAAGAAGAUAGUUGGGGGGGGGGGAGUGCUAAGACAUAUUUGAGGAAAUACACUUUUCAUUAUUUUGGGUAACUUGUUCUUCUUGAACUAGUUUAAUUAAAGAUAAAGUGCUAAAUAAGUGGUUGUAUGUUUUAUGUUUUUGAAAGAGGUGGAAAAGGCUAAAAAGGUGGGAGGGCUAUUAAGAAAAAAAUCAUCUGUUGUUCUCUGUUAAUCUCCAGUUAUUUGGGGGUUAUUUCUUUCACAGUUUUAUUCUGUUAAAACAGUCUGUGUAUUCUUCAGAUUCCAACCAGCAAAAACUUUAUAAGUAAAUUCCAGCAUGGUUUUAUGCUAAAGAGAAAUAAAAAAGAAACGGCAAAUAAAGAAGUCAUAAAUAACA